AUGGAUAUCGAACAAGAAGUACACACUAGCUUUGAAUAGGAAAUUAAGAACUAUUUUGACAAAAAAGGCAAUGAAUACUUAAAAAAACAAGAGUAACUUGAAAAAGAGCUAUGGAAUGACAUUAACAAAGAGACAAGAAAUGACGAGGAAGAACUUAAGAAGGUUUAAAACCUUAUUAAAAUAGAGAGGUUCUUAAAAUACUACGAUCUCUUAAUCGCUUGCUCUGAUCAAAUUUUGGAAUCUUUAGUCUCUAAAGACAAAAAGAUCACUGAGCCUGUUGAAGAAGAUUUUAUUUACGGAGGCAUGAUCUUAGAAGAAAUGGAAGAUAGCAACAACACUACAUUUAAAAAUAUAAUUUAAAAGUAUGGAAUGAACACCAAUAUAGAUCCCAUAGUUAAAAAAGCUAUUAAAGAUAAAUUCGAUGCUGAUGAAAAAAUUGAACCUAAAGAUGUAGCCGAUUUUUUAAAGAGAUACCAAAAGAAGUUUGGAGUGAAAACAAACGGAGAUGAAGAAUAAAAUAACGAUGAGGAAGAUCGUGAAUCUAACUGGGAGAACUCAAGCAGUGUAGCAGGAGAUGAUAUUAUCGAAGUAGAUGAUGAUUUGUUAAAUGAAAUGGAUAAAAGUUAUGAUGAAGAAGGUAAUGAAAUUACAUAUGAAGAAAAGCAUGAAGGAGAAGAGGAAGAAGAGGAAGAGAAAAAAGAAGAUAAUUAGGAAAGUGAUGAUACUUAAAAUAUUUCCAGAGAAAAAACUGUUGAUAUGAGCAUAAAAACUUUCUUGAAGCACACUGAUUUCGUUAGUUGUUUGAGCUUCCACCCCAUUAAUCCUGACGUUUUUAUCUCUGGAGGUGGUGACGAUGUCGCAAGAGUAUGGAAUAUUACCAAUAAUGAUAAGCCUGAAAUAGAAACUCCUAAACAAAACGAAACUGUUGAUUUCGCUAAGUUCAGUUUUGAUGGUAAAUAUUUUGCUACUGGUUGUUUAGAUGGUGUUGUUAAAAUUUGGGAUGGUACAACUGGUGAAUUUAAGAGAGCUUUAGAAGGUCCUUCUGAUGAAAUUAGAUUCCUUGAAUGGCAUAGCAAAGGUAAUGUUAUCUUAGCAGGUAGCGCAGAUAACUCAGCUUGGAUGUGGAAUGCAGCUAAUGGUUAGUAUAUGGCUUCAUUUAAUGGUCAUGAGUAACCAGUCACAUGUGGUGGAUUCACCCCUGAUGGAAAUAUGGUUAUAACUGGUUCUGAAGAUGCUACUGUACGUAUCUGGAAACCAAAAUCUGGUGAACUCCAUAAAAAACUUUAAGGAUAUGGAUUCCACGAAGAAAUGAUUACAUGCAUGGCUUUCCAUUAAACCUAAUAAAUUAUAAUUACUGGUUCAACAGAUAAGACUGCUUGUAUUAGCAACUAUAGUAAUGGAAAGAUUCUUGGAAGAACUCCUGCCCAUGAUGAUGGUGUUGAAGCAGUUUUAUUUGAUUAAAAGCUUGAUAUUUUCCUUACUGGUUCUUUAGAUGGUUUUGUCAGAAUAUUUGACUUAAACAGACUCACACUUAAAGAUAAGAUUACUGUCAAUGCAUCUAUUACUAAAAUGAUUUAAAUUAAAGAUAAAAAUCUCUUCGCUGUAGCUAAUUGUCUUGGAGAUAUUUACUACUUUGACCAUAGAGUUAAAGGUAAAAUCAAUAGAAUAACCAGUGGUACUGAUGGUAUGAUUCACGACUUAGCUCUUCAUAAAUCCAAUAGAUUGUUGGCAUCCUUUGACGAUGGCUCAAUCAAAUUAUUUGAAGUCUAAUUAGAAUAAUGA